CGAGCGCCCCCUGGUGGCGGGACGGGAGGGAGGGUCCCGCUCCCGGUCCCGCUCCCGGUCCAGCUCCCGGUCCCGCUCCCGGUUCUGCUCCCGUUCCCGGUUCUGCUCCCGUUCCCGGUCCUGGUUCUGCUCCCGGUCCCGGUGGCCCCGGAGUGCCGUUCGUGGCCCGUGCCACCAUGAGCUCCGAGACGCUGGUCAAGGACGUCAAACCGGGGCUCAAGAACCUCAACCUCAUCUUCAUCGUGCUGGAGACCGGGCGGGUGACCAAGACCAAGGACGGGCACGAGGUGCGCACCUGCAAGGUGGCCGACAAGACCGGGAGCAUCAACAUCUCGGUGUGGGACGAUGUGGGGAACCUGAUCCAGCCCGGGGACAUCAUCCGCCUCACCAAGGGCUACGCCUCGGUGUUCAAGGGCUGCCUGACCCUCUACACCGGCCGGGGGGGAGACCUGCAGAAAAUCGGAGAGUUCUGCAUGGUCUAUUCCGAGGUGCCCAAUUUCAGCGAGCCCAACCCCGAGUACGCGGCACAGCAGGCGCAGGGCAAGGGGGCCCCGCCCGACAGCGCCGCCCCUGCAGCGGCCCCGCCCCCCCCGGGCCCCCCCGCCGCCCCCCCAGCCCCCGAGAGCCAGAACGGCACCGGGCCGGGCCCGGGGGGCCCCCCCGCGCACCCCCCGAGCGGCCGCAGCACCCGCAGCCAGCCCGGGCCCGUCAGCAACGGCAAAGAGACCCGCAGGAGCGGCAAGAGAUAG